AGUCAUGGCAAGUGGGAAAACUACUACCACAGCCAAGGGAGAGUCUCUCCGUAGAUCUCGAAGAGAUCAUAUUGCUGAUAGUCAACAUCACACCAGUGACCAUGUUGCUUCUGUUCAUAAAAGUGGUUUGGAACAGGACAGCACUGAAAACUACAUGUCAACCACAGUCCCAGUGAUUCCUUUGGAAUCAGUUCGCAAGCGACGUCAGGACAUUGGCUCUUCUUCUACUGCUAAUGGAACCUCUCGAAAGAUUCUAAAAACUAUUGAUGCCAACAGUCAGGUUCCUGUAGAUACUGCUUCAAAUUCAAUGUAUCCGUUGCAUGGUCAAGGCUCUAUUGUCCGAAUCAAAUUGACUAAUUUCCUCACUUACUCUGCCGUUGAGUUUUAUCCUGGACCUAAUCUAAACAUGGUGGUUGGACCCAAUGGCACAGGAAAGAGCACCGUCGUGUGUGCCAUUGCUCUUGGUCUGUGCGGUCGUCCCGAUGUGUUGGGUCGUGCUCGUGAACUACAGGACUUUGUUAAGCAUGGAGAAAACAAGGCUAUUGUUGAGAUUGAGCUGAAAGUGACCGGGAAAAAACUGGUUAUUACAAGAACAUUUGAGCGCGGAAGCAAUCAGAGCUCUUGGAAAAUCAAUGGUUUAAGCGCAAAGGAAAAAGAAAUCAAAGCUGAGAUUGAAGCGCUUGCCAUUCAAGUCGAUAACCUAUGUCAAUUCUUGCCACAGGAAAGAGUGUCUGGGUUUGCUCAGCUAAGUUCAACCGAACUACUCAAGGAAACAGAGCGUGCUGUAGGUGGAACUCAAAUGGUAGAAUGGCACAAUUUUUUGAUUGAACAGCAUGAAAAAAGGGUGGAACAUGAACAAAAAUUGAAAGACUGCCAUGCUGAGCUCGAAAUACUUCAAAAAAGAAAUCAGCAUAUUGAAAACGAUGUGCAGCGUAUCAAAGAACGAGAUAAAAUCAACAGUGAGAUUCGGCUGCUGACUGUGCGACUUGCCAAAUUAGAUUUCAUAACCUGCCAGACUAACUAUCGAGAAGCAAAAGAAGCAAAACAGCGACUUCAAGAAGAGUUCAAUGCCAUUGCUAAUCAGGAGCAGCCUUUGCGUGAAGAACAAGAGAAUCUUCGUCGCAAAGUAACUCAACUGGACCAAACCGUGCAGAGCUACAAGAGUAGCUAUUCUGGCGAAGCAAAUCGAUGCCGAGUUCUUGUUGAAGAAGCAGAGGCCAAAUCUGAAGAAAUUGAGACGAUCCUCAACGAGAUUCAGCAUGCUAAAAGUGAGAAACAAAAGCAGCAAAGGGAGUUUGAUCGUUUGAAAAUGGUAGUUGAACAGGUUCGUGAAAAACUGGAAGAACAGCGCAUCAAGCUGGCCGAAUACGGCAUUACACCAGGAGAUUCUCCUGGUGUAUUCAUCGACCCUCCUUUGCAGACAGAGGAAGGAAUAGAACUUGAUGGCUCCCAGCUAAACUUUCUAUCUCGUAUCUAUCAACAAGCCCAAGCAUGCAAUCACCGGAUAGCUGAAAAUGCUGAGCGUGCUCAAGAAAACAACUCGAAAAAAAAUGAAGUAGCACGCGAAGCUGCCGAGGUUCGAGUUGAGCAACAGAAAAAAGCUACAGAGCUUGAACAACUUGAUCAAAUUCGUCAUCGUAAGCUUGCUGCAUUGAAACGUGGUGACAAGGAUGCCUACAAUGCGACCAUGUGGCUGCAGGACAACCUGUCCAUGUUUGAAAAGCAUGUAUUUGAGCCAAUCUGUAUGGAAGUGAAUCUCAAGGACACACGAUAUGCAGCCGUUUUGGAAACUUUAGUCAAACCAAGUCAUAAUACAACCUUUGUCACACAGUGCAAACAGGACUAUAACAGGUUUUGUGAAGAAGUUAUUUCAAUUCGCAAAUGGAGGGUCAACGUUGUUUAUUUUGAUCGACCACUGUCCAGUUGGACUCCAGAGCAUCCUCGUCAGCUGCCAGUCGCACUUGGAAAACUACCCGACUUGGUUGCUGCUGAAAAGAAGCUUCGUGUUUUCAUUGCCAACAACGAUCUUUAUAGUGUAAAACACGCAUAUGGACACACAUCCACUCGAGCCAAACGCAUUGCAAAUCCCCGAUACCUUGAUCUUUCAGUUGAUAUAAAGCUGAAAACUCGGUUAGAGCAAGAGCAGCAAGAGAUUAUGGCUCAAUUACAAGUUAUUAGCGAGACUUCAAAGCAACUUGAAAUGGAGAGUUCCAAAAUCAGGGAAUUAGAUCAAGAACUUCGCGAAGAAAAGGCUAGCCUAAAGCAGAAAAGAAUGGUGGUAAACAGCAUCAAGCAAGAAUACAGUAAAAUCAGUGCAAUACUUGAAUCUCGACUAAACUCACAGAUUGCAGCUCAUGAGGCUGCACAGCAAAACCAACCUCCAAAUGCUCAGGAAGUAGAGUCCAAGUUAAAAAUGGUGUGUCGUGAACGUGUGCGCUUGGCCACCCGACUUAGCGAAGUUUACAGUUCUAGCUGUGAUAUUUUUUUGGCAAGAACCAAAGCUACACUUGUAAAAAUGCAGUCUACUGCUCGCAUUGAUGAUUUAGAUGACAUUAUUCGAAGCAGUAACGAACAAAAUGCCGAGCGUGCCCGAGCGUUGGAUCAAGCCAAGCAAGAGCUGCAGCAUUUCAAGACUGUUUGUCGUCAGGCACUCAAUCGACACAAUGCUGAAGUUGAUAAACUAUCCCAAAAAGAAGCUGAGCAAUUGGAUGGCUUUGAAGAAACACUAAUCAGUGACGAUAUUGCUGCACAAAUUGGCGCAUUGACUACUCGUGCGGAAAUCAUUGCUGGCAUUGAUCCAAAAAUUCUUCAAGACUAUGAAGCACGCAUCAAAGAGAUUGAAUGCUUGAGUCUAGCUAUCAAGGAGCGCGAAACGACGUUGAAUGCACUUUCGACAAACAUGGCUACCAUAAAAGAAAAUUGGACAACAUCGCUGCAAGAUAUUGUCAAUCGGAUUUCUGAAAACUUUUCAAAUUCUUUUGAAACUCUUGGGUGUGCUGGAGAGGUACAGAUUGCUCAAAAUGACGACUAUGCCAAAUGGGGUAUUGAAAUUCGAGUCAAAUUCCGUGAUGAUGAGCCGCUUCAGGUUUUGACGUCAACCCGACAAUCUGGAGGAGAACGAUCUGUUUCUACCAUGCUUUAUCUUAUUGCACUUCAGCAUCUUUCUCAAUCGCCCUUUCGGGUGGUGGAUGAGAUUAAUCAAGGCAUGGAUCCUCGCAACGAGCGUAAUGUGCAUAAACUGAUUGUUCAAGCUGCGUGCCUGGAUAAAGCCAAUUCCGCUACAGUUUCAUCUCAAUACUUUCUCAUCACACCCAAGCUAUUGCAUGAUCUCGAAUACCAUCGCAAUAUGACUAUUUUAUGCAUUUACAAUGGCACCUGGCAACCCAAACAAUUGAAUUUAGCAUCUUAUAUUACAAAGCACGACGAACCAUAGAUUUGGUAUGUGUAACCGCACGAGUCAAAUCCAGAUGCUUAUCCAACUACUUUGGACGUGCAAUCAAUAGCUCUAGUAUUGAAAUGAAUCAACAGGGUAUUCAAUGCACAAUAAACCAAGUGAUU